AUGUGCAAAUAUAAUAUCCCCUCUACUUCUCUAAGGCUCACCUCUCAAAGAAAUCCUCUCAAAACUUAGCAUUCAAUUUGCCAAAACACUUGAAUGUCCUGCUUCAUGUCUUUGAAGAAGCUCCUGCCUGCUAAAAAGCUGUGGAAAAGCUUCAAGAACAAGCUUCAAUCGAAACUACGUGAAGUCAAAUUCUCCUCCAUCAAAACAACAAAAAAACUUCGCCUUGAAGCUUGGCUCUGCAAAUUUCAGACUCUUACGAGGCGAAUCGCAAGGCCUCGCCACCACCACUAUGGCUUCGCUAAGAGUUCAACCAUAUAUGUGGAUGAACUUUUUCCUGGCCAAGCGAAAGAAAUGGUUGCGUCCAGUAGCGGUACUUUUACCAGGGCCAACUCUGAAAAUAUGAAAACCCUUAGGGAAAAACAGUAUACUGAAGAAAAGGUAUCAGCAGGAAAAGGUGAGACUAGCAAAACUAAUUGUGCUGAUAAAUGGAAAAUUCCUCUGGUGCCACAGUUUCGAGGAGUUGAUGAGAGGGCAGAGGAAUUUAUCCGUAAAUUCAGAAGAGAAAUGAAGCUUCAAAGAGAGCAGUCAAUUCUUGAAUUCGAGGAGAUGCUCGCCCGAAGUGCUUAAAAAAAAGUAUACUCUUUGAUUGUUGUAAAGAUUUUAGUUUUUUUCUUUCUUUUCAUUCUUUUAUUUCCCAAAUUUUUGAAUGGGAAAAAAUUCUUGGAUUCUUUACAGAUUCUGUGUGCCAAGUAUAGUGUGUAUCGGAAAAGGGUUUGUUCCUGUGAAAUUUGUUUGUGCAAUUUUUAAAUGUAAUUCUUAUAGCGUGCGUGUAUAAUCAUAUGUCAUGAAUUUGUAUUUUUUUUACUUCUCAUAAUAUU